AUGCCACUAUUGACUCAGCCGCAGGGUGACGAUGAGCAAUACGUGCUGGUGGCCAGCUUGGACAAUGUACGCAAUCUUUCCAACAUCCUGAAAGCUAUCGCCUUUAAAGACCACGCCAUCUUCACCGCAACACCCAAUGGCCUCAAAGUCACCGUGGAGGACUCCAAAUGUCUUCAAGCCAAUGCCUUCAUCCAGGCUGAAAUCUUCCAGGAGUUUACCAUCAAAGAAGAUCAAAUCGGAUUGCAGAUUAACCUCACGGUUCUGAUGGAUUGUCUCAGUAUUUUUGGAGGAACUGCAGUACCGGGUGCAUCAACCGCCCUGCGAUUGUGCUACAAAGGCUACGGUUACCCCUUGACCCUGUUCCUGGAGGAGGGCAGUGUGGUGACCGUUUGCAAGAUCAACACCCAAGAACCCGAGGAGCCGAUUGACUUCGAGUUCUGCAGCAGCAACGUCACAAACAAGGUUAUCCUACUGUCUGAGAGUUUGAAGGAGGCUUUUUCUGAACUGGACAUGACCAGUGAGGUGCUGGAGAUCACAAUGUCCCCUAGCCAGCCUUACUUUCGGCUGUCGACAUUUGGCAACGCCGGAAGUGCUGAUUAUGAUUACCCUAAAGAUUCCGACAUGAUGGAGCUGUUCCAUUGCACCACUACGCAAAGUAACAGGUAUAAAAUGGCUUUGCUGAAGCCAUCCACCAAGGCGCUGGCGUUGUCUUGCAAAGUGUCCGUGAGGACGGACAGCAGGGGUGUCCUGUCACUGCAGUACAUGGUGCGCAACGAUGACGGACAAAUUUGCUUUGUGGAAUAUUACUGCUGUCCAAACGAAGAAGUGGACGAUGAGGACUGA